AUGGCUAAAAUACAGCCAAUUAUAUCUUGCCAUAAACCUUUUGUUGUCAAUGAAUUCAACAACCAAUUAAAAGAUACCGGCAACAUUGUCAAAAUCAUUGUACCAAAAAAGGCAGCAAAUGUCAUUAGUGAAGAAGAAAAUCAUUCUCGUACAAUAAAGAGAAGUAAAUUGAAUGUUUUAAAAUCUGAUGUUGAUGGCACCUUAAUAUCUCCCACACUCUCAGAGUUUGAAAUCUCUUUCCAUGAGGACAGUGCCAUUUUAGAUUCCACUUUAUCAGAAAACUACCGAAAACCUCCACAUUCAUAUGAGUUGUUUAACUCAAUAAAAGAAAGUAAUGAAACCAAAGAAAUAUGCAAUAAGAAUUUUGAAAGGAAACGUAUCGCAAGGAAGUCACCUAAUAUUGUAAGGGCUUGUGAAAAGAGGAGCCGUGUGAAGGUACUUAAUAUUGUGAGGACUUAUGAAGAGAAUAACCCUAUCAAGGUACCUGACAUUGUAAGGGCGUAUGAAGAGGAUGCACUUGUGCUUGAUGUAAUUCAAGAUGACCCUGAACUGUUUGGCAGCCCGAGCAAAAAUAAUGACGUGUCGCAAACUUCUGGGCAAUCAGCAGGGCAGAAAGGAGCUGCUCGCAGAACAUUGGAGUUAACAAAUUGUAUAGAAGAUAACCUAGGAAUAAGUGAAAUGAACAGUGAAGACUGCAAGGAAUCUAAGGACAGAGUCUCCAGUACUUCUGUGCACUUGUCUGAGUUUGACACUUCUGGAGAGGUCUUGGAUUGUACUACCCACCAACUAUAUGGAUUCAAGCCUGAAAGCAACAUACCUUUGGAUGAUGAAAACUACUAUGAAAUAGACAUUUAUAUGGAUAAAUCUGUGGAAGGUGGAGAUGUAACUGAAUCUGGAGAUCACCCAUCUCAGGACAUUUCAAUUUCUAAGACAGAUGAGCACCUGCACGGUGGUGAGAAUGGAAUCAGCGUUGAAGGCCGAUGUUCAGACAAAUCUAUUUUGAGAGCGGAUAAACGACUUUCAUUGGAACCGCCUCUUUCUGUCUCUCCACUCCUGGGUUCAGCAAUCCAGAACGAUUUCAGGUUUACCAGCAACCACUCUGUGCCAUCGACAUCUGUCCACUCUCCUUCCUCUCCACAGUUAAAUAGUCAGGAACAGCAGUGUAUUACCAAGCCAUCCAGGUACCUCUUGGAAUUGGCUGCACUACCAUCAGGCUGCUGCAGGUAUUAUUUUGCCACAGUUAAAGGUUGCAAGAGAAACCCAUGCAGGUUUGGACAUGAACCAAAACAAGAAGAUGAAAAACUUUGCAUUGAAAUUAUUCAGAAAUUCAUGGAGACCAAUAAUCCACAUCUUUUAUCACGUGCAGUAAGAAUAUUUAUAAAAUACUACAGCAAUUUUGGACCUGGCAUCCAUUGUAAUUCCCAAGUGAUGAACCGACUCCUUUUUGCAUUGUUGAAGGUGCAAAAGCUGCAGGACCUGUUUGAGCUGCUCAGCACUGUGGUAAUGAUGAAGAUGCUACCAGAAGCCGAUGUUUUACUAAAUGUAUUUGAACUUGUGGCAUCUACAGGCUCAAGAAAUCUGCUUCCCAAACUCAUAGAUGUAACCUGCAAGUGUGUGGAAGCAGGACUUAGUUUCCAGCCGGAUCAGUUUAAGUGUAUAGUACAGCUGCUAACUCAACUACAAGUUUCUCAUCAAGAAAUAAAUCUCAUUUUGGCUCUCGAGAACAGAUCAUUAUUUCAUCCUGCAGAACAAAGCAACUUCAAUUUUGCAAUUGCUGAAAUAAAGCACUAUAAAGAAAAAGGCCAAUGGGACAAGAUUGGAAUUUUGUAUCAAAGUUUACAUUUAAACUGUGGUGGUAAACGUGAUCUACACAGAGUUGCCAAGUGCAUUGCUGCUGCACUCAUACAGGCCAAAGAUGAUGGACCCGUGGUUCCCUUCUGUGAAUUUGCAAAAGCAGUGUUGCAAAAGCCACACACCAAUGGACUGACAAAACAUUUGCUUGGUAGGAUUGGAAUCUCUGUCAUGGUUGCAUACUAUAGCAUUGAAAAGUGGGGAAAGGCAAGACAAACUUUGGACGUCUUACAGGAAAUUCAACCAAACUUCACAGGAGUGAAAGCACUUGUUACUGAGGGUACUGUAUCCAGGUGCCAAAUUGUUAACGUCGCUGCAGAUAUCUUUCUGAAAACACGAUGUGUGAAUCAAGCAUUUCGAAUGUUGCAAGAAUUUGGCUGGAUAAUUGGUGCUCCAGCGUGGCCUUAUGACAAAGUGGACAUUCUGAACCGACAGAGGUUGCUGUUCAGUCUCGCUGAUGCAGCUAUGACAAAGAAUAUGUAUUGGCAAGCACUGGAUAUUUUACAGCAUUUACCUGGAUUCCAGAAUGUAAAUGGUAUCAUGGAUGUUGCACAGUAUGUCAGUGUUUUCAGCAAGCUUCUGGAUGAAUGUAUCCAGAAUAAUUGUCUUGGAGUAUCUUUAGACACUGUGGAUUUCAUGAGAUCCGCAAACAUUCCCAUAAACUCAUUAGCCAUAAGGAAACUGAUUACUGCUUUGGGCAGAUGCUGCUUGUGGCCGAAAGCAAGAAAACAGUACAAAAAGGCCUUGUCAACUGGGUGUUAUCCACCAAUGGAGGUAAACCUACACCACAGAUUGCUCCCAGUGCCUUACUUUAUGUCAGAAGUUGAGAUGCUGCUGGCCAUCGAAGUGUUUCUAGUUACAAAUGCCAGCAGCAUUCAGAGUCCCAGCGUCCCCCAUCAGCCUUAUCAAAUAGUACUUCGCAGGCCUGAAGAUGAAAGGAGUAACCUCAAUCGCAUGUCAAACGGAGAGUAUGAAGCAGCGGUGGAUAGAUUGAUGGCAGCUGCCCGCAUAUCUGAGCCAAAGCUUCAAGUGAAGCACACGACUGUCAACAUUGCAAGAGAGGAGGUUUUCAGUUUGGAAUAUUGCUCAGCCCUGAAAUGGCUUGACCAGAAUAUGAAUUGGGCUGGGAAUGCUUGGCUGUUUGGCUAAAUGCAGCAGGAGGAUCUUUUUUGGAAUGAAUAAAAAAAAACUCUGAAAUGUUGACUGUGUGCAAUAUAGGCAGUCACUGUAAUAAAACCCUUUUGUGUCUGAAAAA